AUGUCGUCCAAACCCGCGCCCUGGCUAGAUACCAGCGAGAAGGGAACAUCGUUCGAAAACCUGGACCUCGAGAUGCACGGACGCGUCUGCCAUCUUGUCGAUCUGGGGAUGCAUGAAGAUAUCCGCGACGCUGAGCCCGACGUUCUGAUUUCUCGCUAG